AUGAAGGAUUUUACAAGUUCUUACAAAACCUAUGCGCAUGAGGUUGCCGAUUCAACGUUUGUGGGAAUGAAGGAUGAUAUCAACAAAUUGAUGUCCCUAGUCAUCUAUAAGGGUGGGUGCAACCAUCCUAUUGUUUCCAUUUGGGGCAUGGGAGGUUCUGGGAAGACUACAAUUGCAAGGAGAAUUUACAAUGAUGGCAAAAUUCGGCAUUAUUUCGAUGCUUUUGCUUGGGUUUGUAUAUCUCAACAAUGCCAAAUUAGAAAAAAUCUGGAGGAAAUUUUACAGCAUAUUUUUACUGAUGCAAAAAGCAAGGAAGAAAUGAAGUCCAUGGCGGACGGGGAAUUGGUGGAGGAGUUGUACAAGCAGCAAAAGGAGAAGAAAUGCUUGGUUGUUCUAGAUGACGUGUGGAAUAGAAUUGAUUGGGAUUGCCUGAAACGAGCCUUCCUAACAAUGGAAUCACAUAGUAAGAUUUUACUUACAACUCGCAACAAGAAAGUAGCAGAAGUUGGAACCAUUCACAAAAUGAAUUACCUGGAUGAACAUGAAGCCUGGGAGCUACUUCAAAAGCGGGCAUUAAAAUUCAACAACGAGAAUUUUCGAGGUUAG